AUGGGGUGGAAGGACUUCGCGGAGUGGUGGAGGUGCCUGGUGUUCGGCCCGGAGCUGGAUCUGGCGCUCAUCGGGCUGCAGAACGCGGGCAAGACCUCGUUCGCCCGGGUCCUCGCGUGCGGCGCCGGCGACGACGGCGACGCGCCGAGGCCCACCGUCGGGUUCGAGACGAGCGUCGUUCGGCGGAGGAGGCUGCGGUUGCGAUGCGUGGACAUGGGCGGGUCGGCGCGGUUCCGGGCGCUCUGGGAGCGGCACUGCGAGGACGCGCACGUCAUCGUGUGGGUGAUCGAUUCGGCGGACGCGGCCGGGGCGAUGGAGGCGCGGGACGCGCUGAGGGAGACGCUGGCGUCGGAGGGACUCGCGGGGAUCCCGCUCUUGGUGCUGGGCAACAAGAGCGACCUGCCGGGGGCGCGGGGGAUACCGCAGCUGGUGGACGCGCUCGGGUUGAGGGACAUCGCCGGGCGGGAGGUUCGGUGCUUCAGCAUCAGCUGUAAGCUGGGGACGAACGUGGACGCCGUGCUUCGCUGGCUCACCAAGCACGCGAGGAAGCGCAGACAGCGUCGGGCUUGA